GUUUCGUAUUAUUUUCAUUCCGACUUAAAUUUCCUUUCUGAAAAGGUUGAAAAAAAAUUUUUUUUUCGGAAGCAAAAUUCAAAAAUCAAUUUAAAAAAAUGAAUCUUCCGGCUUUAAUUAGUAAAAAUCCCAAUAGUCUUUCCUUGUUUAAAACAAUGGCUCAAAAUCUUCCAAAGAUCAGUAGCCGAAGCAAGAGCGGAUGUUUCGAAGACAAAGCUAAAUGUCCCAAAGGCAAAACUACUAAUACUCCUUGCGAUGACAACAGGCACAAGCUACCACCUCGAAAACCUAUCAAGAAAGAAGAAUUCACAUCCAUGUGGGAAACUCCAAAAUGUGAACCAUCUGCUGCUACGUGUCCAGCAGUCCGAUUCGAUAGCAUGUACUACAAGCCUUCGGAUAAAGCUAAACGAGUUUAUCAACAGACUUGGGUCGAGUGUCCUGCACGACUUGUAAAGCCUGUGGUAAAAUGUGAAUUUCCCAAGGGUAAGUAUCCACCACUUGAACGAAGACCAAAAGGGGCAAGACCAGAUACUGCCAAAUGUAUGGAUACAUCUCCGGAUGCUCAGUCAUGUUCGAAGCAAAAAGAUCUAAAGCUGAACAAAAAUUGUCUGAAAAUAAAACUUCCGGGCUGUCGGAGUGUGCGUGCUGACAUCAAGUGUAAGUUAGUAAGGGAACCGGCUAAUUGUCCAGACAAUUCUACUCCGUAUCCAAGUUUCUCGGAGUGUACUCAUCCAAAAAUUAGGCCAAAACGAAAGGGUGAAUGUGAUUGCAUGAAGAUACGUUCUAUGUGUGAAGUUUGGACCGUCUUGAGAGAAAAGGAAGUUCUAUAAUAUUCUUGAAGCCAAAACGAAAGGGUGAAAGUGAAUGCAUGAAGAUACGUUCGAUGUGUGAAAUUUGGACGGUCUUGAGAGAAAAGGAAGUUCUAUGAUAUUCUUGAAAAAAAAAAAAUAGUUUUGAAACAUUUUUGGCAUGGCAUGAAAUUGAAAGAACAAAAAAAUCGAAAUAAAAGUAAUUUGAAGGGAAUUAUUUUGUAGUUGGUUUUUUCUUAAGCGUUAAUAAAAUGUUUGCUUUUUCGAACGUUCGAUUCUAGAAAUAUAUAGAAAUUGAAAAACGAG